AUGAACCUGCAAAACAAGUCGACUCCAUCGCUCCAGACGGCAGAUCAGCCACCAGAUGUGCCUCCGUACGAUCCCUCGCAGCUCAACUUUGAUGCGCUCUCCAUCGCCGAACCUCCACCGCGCGCCUCGAGCGCAAUAGGACAUUCUGCAACGAACAACUACAAUAAUAAUUAUAAUCAAGCUAAUAACGGCGCCGCCGCGGCCUCGAUUGCCCCCGACUGGAUCAACAUGAACGCACAUGAUCCCGUGGCAAGGACGGGGACGGCCAUGUCCUAUUCAUCUGUGAGAUCCGUCCCACGACAUGCAUAUACGCUGCCCAAUGCUGGCUGGGGACACCAGGGCACACAGUCCGUCGAUGGCCACGGCCAGUACUAUUCCCAGCAACAAGCAGGAUACAACGCCUCUGGGUCCUAUUACAACGACACCGGCAGUACAUACUCGUAUGAUCCUCAGCAGCAGCAACAGCAGCAGUAUUAUGGAGGAAAUGCGCAGCAGUACCCUGGAUACGAUCAGUAUUCUGGAGGCCAGUACCCGCAAGAGUAUUCAAAUCAACAGGCAUACUAUGGCUACGGGCAGCAAGCAGGGACUGGUUAUGAACAAUAUCCAGCAGACUACGCCAAUGCCAAUGGGUACUACGACCAAGGCUAUGAUGCGAGUUCCUCCGGCCAACGCCCGGGGUUGGACCGCUCGCAAGCGACACUAUCCGACAUGUCUUCGUUGCGAACAGCCAAAAUCAAGGCUGUCGAUCUCUCCCAGCCACCCUACACGCGCGAGUAUGUCGAACAGUACCGAGCGCGGAUCAAGGGGGACCCAGAUCCAGAAGCACACUUUGCGUACGCGAAAUACUUGAUUGACGCGGCCAAGAAGAUUGGUGCCAAAGCGACGGACCAGCGCGCUGUGCGCAAAUACCGCGAGACGCUUCUGGCUGAAGCACUCAAGACGAUCCGUCGACUUGCGACGCAAGGAGAUGCAUACUCGGAAGCGCAGUUUUACCUUGCAAAUUGCUGUGGGUCUGGGUUGUUGGGCUUGCAGGUGGACCACGAACGAGCGUACCAUCUAUAUUUGCAGGCUGCAAAGCAGAAUCACCCUGCAGCGUCGUAUCGCGUUGCGGUGUGCAAUGAGCUCGGUGUGGGGACGCGCAAGGAUGCGUCUCGGGCGUUUGCGUUUUAUCGCAAGGCGGCGUCGUUGGGAGAUACGUCUGCUAUGUACAAGCUUGGCAUGAUCCUGCUCUCUGGAUCGCUCGGACAGCCAAAGAAUAUACGCGAGGCCAUUGGGUGGCUGAAACGAGCGGCAGAACAGGCAGACGAGGAGAACCCGCAUGCGCUUCACGAGUUGGCUCUAUUGCAUGAAACACCCAAUUCGAACAUUGUCGUUCAUGACGAGGUGUACGCAAAGGACCUGUUCACCAAGGCGGCUCAGUUGGGCUUUGUCCCUUCGCAAUACAAGCUUGGGUUUUGCUACGAGUAUGGAUUACUCGGAUGUCCGAUUGACCCCAAGCGGUCGAUUGCAUGGUACACCAAGGCUGCAGAAAAGGGCAAUGCAGAAGCCGAGCUUGCGCUCAGUGGCUGGUACUUGACGGGCAGCGAAGGUGUCUUGCCCCAGAGUGAUGCGGAAGCCUAUCUGUGGGCACGUCGGGCGGCGAACAAGGGGCUUAGCAAGGCAGAGUUUGCAGUCGGAUACUAUGCAGAGCAAGGGAUUGGGGUCAAGCAGGACAUGGAGUUUGCACGGCGGUGGUACAUGCGAGCUGCAGGUGAGUUGGUGUUUCGCUCGGAAGUUCCGGAUAAGGACUGGGACGUUUGCAAGAGUGUAUACUAA